GAGGUAAUUUAUUGAAGAGGAAGGAUUAUGAUGGGAAAAAUGAUAAUUUAGAUGAAUUAGAUAUGUUUUCAUUGCAUAAAAUGAAAUGGGAAUUGUUGAAAAAGGAUUUUUUCAUGCAAGCACCGGCAAAAUUAAUUGCAUGUGAUUAUCAUAGGGGGCUUGAUAUGGUGGUUGUGGGAUUUUCGAAUGGUGUCUUCGGGCUCUAUCAGAUGCCUGAUUUUGUGUGCAUCCACUUGUUGUCAAUUUCGAGAGAGAAGAUUUCAACUGUGGUGUUUAAUGACCUUGGAAAUUGGCUGACGUUCGGGUGUGCAAAGCUUGGGCAGCUGCUUGUUUGGGAGUGGAAAUCUGAGAGUUAUAUAUUGAAGCAGCAGGGGCAUUAUUUUGAUGUAAACUCCAUUGCGUAUUCGCCAGAUUCACAGUUUUUGGCCACUGGAGCAGAUGAUAACAAAAUCAAGCAAGGAAAGAAGAGGAAAGCACAGGAGGAGGAUUAUCCCUUUGCCUUUGUCCUAUUGCAUACAGUACAAAGAGGAGUACUGCAUGCGUGGGGAUGCAAAAGUCUUUAGAUCAUUAAGUUGGGU